AUGAACAACUUUAGUAAUAAAAAAGGUUUAACAAAUUAUGUUUAUUUAGUAGGUAAAUAAACAAGGGCUUAAAAUAAGAAGUAAGCAGCAGCUCCUGCUUUUUUGAAGAAGAUGAAACUUAUUUAGAAAGGCAAAGGUAGAUAUCUAUUAGAGGUGGAUGAAACCUUCGUCAAUUAACUUUAAUAAGCAAAACAAUUUUUAGCAGAAUUAAAUGAUACCAUUCAUGGUCAAGUUGAUUUAAAUUAAGGAAUGAUAUAAGAAUCUAAUCCCCAAUUUGAAUAAUAAGAAGAAGAUGGAUCUUCAUCUGCAUCAGAAGAUAAAAGUGCUGCUCAAUUAUCUCAAUAACCACAAGAACAAUAGUCUUAAUAACCAAAUGAAGUGAAGGAAACUUAGGAUUUUUAUAGGUAAUAAUAUUAAUCAUAUUUAGACGUAUUCCUCAUUUUUUUAUGGGAAGAUUCAAAAAAUGGGCGAAAAUUUUAAAAGAAGAUGAUGUUAGUACAUUUUUACAUCAAUUAAAGUCCAAUAAAAAAUCAAAAUAAGGAAGAUAUGAGUUAGGAGAUUUUCAUAAGUAACUAUUUAAUUAUAACAAAAGAUGUUUUUAGAUUGAUAAAAAUGAUAGUAAUGAAUAACAGAAGCAAAAGAAAAAAAUAAAAGAAUUAUUUCUUGAAUUUUUGUAGAAUGAAGCAGUUCUAUAAAUAAUACAAUAUAAUAAGAUAACCAAUUAAGAUUAGAAGGUAUUAUAAUCAAUUUUGAAUAUAGAUUAAAUAUAUAGAUGUAAUUCCAAAUAUGGUUUAAGAAAUGUAUAGUGAUAAACCUUUUGAUUAAUUUUUAGCUUAAUAGAACAUAGAGAAAUAACUUAAUAAAAAAAAAUAAUUGUUGACUGAGACUUAAGAAGUGAAACAAUAACAAUAACAACAAAAUUAGCAAAUACCUUAGCAAAAAUAAGAUCAAUCUUUUGAGGAACCACUUUUAAAAUUAGCACGAGAUAUGUCAUUUCAAAGCUAAUUAUGA